ACAAUCAAAUUAGUUAUCAACAUGUUACACAUAGAUGCUCCAAUACGUUGAAUAAUGAAGAAUUUGAGCUAAAUCAAUGUCUAAUGUUUGGAAAAUGUUCGUGUAUUAAUAACUACUUAUUCGAAGAAACACACGCAUUCCAAUACUUGUUAGAAAACGGCGUUUGAUUUUUACCUCUUGAGAAGAAUAAAAAGAAAAAACUUUUACCAAAAAAGGCAAUGUUGGGUAAAUAAAUUGAAGAGUAGUGUGCUAAGAUCAGAUUACUAAUUGCAGAUUUUUCAGUUGCAACGCUUAGUGAGAAAGUUAUCCAUGAUGGUUCCUCAACCGCCCCUCGUUGCCGCUGAAAAGAUAAACAUCUGUCUAACAUGUGGUAGUAAGGGAGAUUCAAAGCGCCUCGUAUACUGUAUCCAGUGUAAAUCUUGUGCUCAACAUAGUUAUUGUCUAGAGAAGAUCCACCGGGAUGAUAAUAGGACAGUAAUCUGGAAAUGCGAGGAGUGUGCUCCAAGUAAUCCAAAACGCAAAACGGAACCGUUACGAAAAAGUGAACGCAUAAGUUAUGCAACUGAUGCUAAGUAUAAAAGGAUGAUAAUGAAAAAGAAGAGCGGUGUAGUUGGAAAACAACCACUUGUCAAAUCAAAUGAAGGUGAAAGUGUUGGAUGCCUUGCCAAAAAGAACACUGAGAUGAUACUGCCAAUCCUUGAGAAUGAAAAUGUUUUUUGCAAGCAGCCUGAAUCACCUAAAGAUCCUUCGAAUAUGUCAUCUGACAUGCAGGCAAUGGAAUGUGAGAUAUAUACAGAGUCUGAAGUCAUAAUGCCUCCGUUACUGCAGUAUCCAGAGUUUGACAAAAAUAGCCGUGCUCAGCCACUAAGUGAUCCGGUUUGGACGGGGCAAUUUAGAAUGCACAAUGCAACACAUUUUAAUCUUACUGCAUAUAUAUCAAGUAAAGCUUAUCCAAAAGUGAAUUCUGCAGUAACAGUUCUCCCUGAACUGCUUGAUGUAGAGAUGUUAUCAAAACGUAUCAUUUGGCCCAAGCGUUUUGCUGCCUGUCCACCUAAUAGUGAUUGUAUUGGGCUCUAUUUUUUUCCCCAGUAUGAAAGGGAUGAGAUGAUCUUUGAUCGUGUGCUGGACAACGUGAUUGAAAAAGAUAAUGCUCUCAAAGCAGUCAUUAACAACAACCUGGAACUCUUAAUAUUUUCCUCACAUUUAUUACCUCCGGAUGAAAGGCGAAUCUGCACAAAAUAUUACUUGUGGGGUAUUUUCAAAUCAAAGCCAAGAAAAUAGUGGUGAACUUCUAAUCUGCUUCUCAAUAUGAAAUAUCAAACAUCUUCUCAUUGUUCAAUGGGUCAAACCUUUGGCGGUGGAAACAAAGUAGUGACUUACUAGCGAGUUAUCGAAGUAUGAAUUUUAAAAUCACACUACCAGUGGUGUGCUAUGUUAUAGCAGUAUAGGCUUAGUGUUACUUAAUUCAAUCUUUUCAUUUGUUUUAGGAUGAAGUUGGAAUACUUUGUACAUCAUAGGUGGUUUUUGAAGAAUUGAAACAGCUACUGUGAAACUGUGGAACUAUAACGUUACACCCUUGGAUACUUUGUACAUCAUAGAUGGUUUCUGAAGUGGAUUCUGGAUUGUUAUCUAGUACCAUGGUGUUUAUUUUC